AUGAAUGCAACGCAACGAGAAGAAACAAAAAUACUUUUACGGCAAGAAAGUGAUGUGUUCGCAGGAUCCAUUCAAGAAUUAGGACGCACGGAUGAAGUUCAUCACGAAAUCGACACUGAUGAUGCGAGGCCGAUCAAACAAAACGCGUAUCGUAUGGCCCCUAGCAUAAGAGAAUUUGUGAAACAGGAGAUUAGUCAACUAAAAGAUAGAGGCUUGAUAC